CAGAAAUGGGAUAGUCCCAGGGUUUCCUGCUUCUGUGCAGGACACCUUCCCUCCAGGUCCGCGGCAAAUCUCCCCUAAAGUCCUGCCGCCCCCUACCACUUCACUCCUUCAAGUGACCCUCAGCACGAAGACGGAAGUGAAGCGCCCGGAAAAAGCGGUUUGGGCGGCCUCUGUCUUUUAAAUGGCGCCGACGAGCCUGGAUAGCCCGCCCCCUCUUUCCAGGAAGGCUACCAUUGGCUCUCCCUGGCGGCUUCAUUCUCCUAUUGGUCAGUGGGCUAAUGCCAACGUGCAGAUUGGCUCCAAAGUUUUCUUUCGGUUUCCGGUGUCCCAGCAAUGGCGGCUCUGGACUCGCUGUCGCUCUUCACCGGCCUUGGUCUGAGCGAGCAUAAGGCCCGGGAGACCCUCAAGAACACGGCUCUGAGCGCGCAGCUGCGCGAGGCGGCGACCCAGGCGCAGCAGACUCUGGGCUCCACCAUCGACAAAGCUACCGGGACCCUGCUAUAUGGCUUGGCAUCCCGACUCAGGGAUCCCCGGCGUCUUUCUUUCCUUGUGAGCUACGUAGCCAAUAAGAAGAUCCACACCGAGCUCCAGCUGAGCGCUGCCCUUGAGUAUGUGCGAAGUCAUCCCUUGGACCCCAUCAACACUGAGGACUUUGAGCAGGAAUGUGGUGUGGGUGUCAUGGUGACCCCAGAGCAGAUUGAAGAGGCUGUGGAGGCCACCAUAAAUCGUCACCGGCCCCAGCUCCUGGAGGAGCGUUAUCGUUUCAACAUGGGACUGCUGAUGGGAGAGGCUCGAGCUGUGCUCAAGUGGGCAGAUGGCAGAACGAUCAAGCACGAAGUGGACAUGCAGGUUCUUCACCUUCUGGGUCCCAAGACAGAGACUGAUCUGGAGAAGAAACCCAAGGUGUCAAAAGCUCGGCCAGAAGAAAAAGACCGGAGGACAGCAAAGGACUUGAUGGAGAAUGGUGAGGCUGCUGAUCAGGGCCUGUCUUUGAUGGAGCAGCUCCGAGGGGAGGCACUUAAGUUCCACAGACCUGGUGAGAACUAUAAGACCCCAGGCUAUGUGACCACUCCACACACCAUGGACCUACUGAAGCAGCACCUGGAGAUCACUGGAGGACAGGUACGGACCCGGUUCCCGCCGGAACCCAAUGGAAUCCUGCACAUAGGACAUGCCAAAGCCAUCAAUUUCAACUUUGGCUAUGCCAAGGCCAACAACGGGAUCUGUUUUCUGCGCUUUGAUGACACCAACCCUGAGAAGGAGGAAGCAAAGUUCUUCACUGCCAUCUGCGACAUGGUGUCUUGGCUGGGUUACACUCCUUACAAGGUUACAUAUGCCUCUGACUAUUUUGACCAGCUGUAUGUCUGGGCCGUGGAGCUCAUCCAUAGGGGCCAGGCCUAUGUGUGCCACCAGCGAGGAGAGGAGCUCAAAGGCCAUAACUCGUUGCCCUCACCCUGGAGAGACCGUCCCAUAGAGGAGUCACUGCUGCUCUUUGAGGCAAUGCGCAAGGGCAAGUUUGCGGAGGGUGAGGCCACGCUGCGCAUGAAGUUGGUGAUGGAGGAUGGCAAGAUGGACCCCGUGGCCUAUCGAGUCAAGUAUACACCACACCAUCGCACGGGUGACACCUGGUGCAUCUAUCCAACCUAUGACUACACACACUGCCUCUGUGACUCCAUCGAGCACAUCACCCACUCACUCUGCACCAAGGAAUUCCAGGCCCGACGCUCUUCCUACUUCUGGCUGUGUAAUGCACUGGAUGUCUAUUGCCCUGUUCAGUGGGAGUACGGCCGUCUCAACCUUCACUAUGCUGUUGUGUCUAAGAGGAAGAUUCUCCAGCUUGUGGCAGCUUGUGCUGUGCGGGACUGGGACGACCCACGGCUCUUCACACUCACAGCCUUACGACGGCGGGGCUUUCCGCCUGAGGCCAUCAACAACUUUUGUGCUCGGGUGGGGGUGACAGUGGCACAGACCACGAUGGAACCCCAUCUGUUAGAAGCCUGUGUGCGUGAUGUGCUGAAUGAUACAGCCCCACGGGCUAUGGCUGUGCUGGAGCCAUUACAGGUCAUCAUCACCAACUUUCCUGCUACCAAGUCCUUAGAUGUCCAGGUUCCCAACUUCCCAGCUGAUGAGACUAAGGGCUUCCAUCACGUUCCCUUUGGACCCAUGGUCUUCAUUGAAAGGACUGAUUUCAAAGAAGAGCCAGAGCCGGGCUAUAAGCGCCUGGCAUGGGGCCAGCCUGUGGGCCUGAGGCAUACAGGCUACGUCAUCGAGCUGCAGAAUGUUUUCAAGGGCCCCACUGGCUGUGUAGAGAGCCUGGAAGUGACGUGUAGACAGGCGGAUGCUGGAGAAAAGCCCAAGGCCUUUAUUCACUGGGUGUCACAGCCUCUGACCUGUGAGAUUCGCCUUUAUGAGAGACUAUUUCAGCACAAGAACCCUGAGGAUCCUGCUGAGGUGCCUGGUGGAUUCUUAAGUGACGUGAACCCGGCAUCGCUACAAGUGGUGGAGGCAGCGUUAGUGGACUGCUCUGUGGCCCUGGCAAAGCCCUUUGACAAGUUCCAGUUUGAGCGGCUUGGCUACUUCUCCGUGGAUCCAGACAGCUGCCAGGGACAGCUUGUCUUCAACCGGACUGUCACACUGAAGGAGGACCCAGGAAAGGUGUGAGCUGUAAGGAAGCCCCGUGGAACUACCUCAUGCUUCUGGAGGCUAGGGGUACCCAGACUCCAUAUCAAUAAAGAACAGCUAAAUCCCCUGGA